AGAGAGUACUCAAUAAUAGUUUAUUGAAAGCCUAAUUAAAAACAAUUAUUUGCGUGAUGUAGGCUAUUAUCUAUGUUGGAACCACGCCCCGUUGCAUUGUCAAUGUCUCUCCACUUGGCAGAGCUGUAGCCCACCAUUGUGAAAGCUAAGGAGAUUUCUAACCCACUAACAUCUGCCAGGAUAACGGGACGAAAGAACACAUUAUUAAGCCCCCGCCCACCUUCUGCACUUGACAAGUCAAGCCCUCAUCACAUAGUUGCAUCACAGCUCUGCUCACAGACGCACUUGCAAAUAAGACCAGUACAACAUUUCCCCUGUAUCGAAAUAUAAAGAAGCGAAGGUGUACAAUUUGUAAAUUACAAAAUGUUACAAUUCAGGACCUUCGAUGCCGAAAAACAUCAAUUACAGGAGCUCAACAACAGACUGGGCCAGUACCUGUCAAGAACGAAGCAGUUGGAGCAUGAAAAUGCAAUCCUGAUAACUGAAAUAAACAAGAGAAGACAAGAUAAGACGGUGGAAUGGGACAACACAUGUAUGGCCGAAAUGCGGGAUCUGAGGAGAACGGUGGGGCAACUAUCCUUCGAGAAGUCCCGAGCCGAGAUGGAACGAGAGAAGUUAUGGCAAGAGUUUCAGAUGUUACAGUCUAUGUGCUGUGAGGAGCAGGUGGUAGGCAAAGACAUUGAUGGAGAGAUGAAAGGUUGCGAAAAGCAGCUUCAAAAAGCUCAACAGACUAAUGGGGCACUUGAGGAACGUCUGUUCCAGCUUGAGAACGAGUGCAGAUUUAUUGAGGCUGCGCACAGACAAGAAAUGACCAAGCUCCAGAACCAGGUCCAUUCACGACCUAAUGUUACCAAAAUGUAUCAUGGCCCUCCGGCAGUCUCGAUGGAAGAUAUGCAACAGUACGCCCUCAGCCUGUCCGAUGGAUGGAUGGACACCUUCGAAAUGUAUCGAAGGAAGGUCGAAGAAAUGGAGGACUCAAUCAAAGCCGACCAGAUGAGGCUGCAUGAUCUCCAAAGGGAAAAGAUACAUUAUGCCGCAGAGUUUGACAAAUUACGCAAAGAGGCUGACACGCACGGUCAGAUUCAAAUACACCUGGAGGAACAGCUCAUGGACAUGCAGGAGAACUUCCAUGGGGACAUCACCAAGUAUCAGGUGAUUAUUGAUGAAUUGGAGAGGGAGCGGGAAAUGUUGGCCAACACCAUGGCAGAAAAGGUCAGAGACCACCAGGAGCUCCUGCAGGUCAAGAUGGAUCUGGGCAUGGAGGUGGCUUACUACAGGGCACUUAUUGAAGGAGAGCAUCAGCAACAUCUGCAGUCAAGAGAAAGAGUCCUAGAUAUUAAGAUGAGGCCUCCACAACACUACAAACCAAGAGUUUCCACCUCAGCCAGACAAGAUGCAAGGAAGCAUUUGGAUGUGAGAUACAUGGAACCAACCUCAAGCUUGAGAAGAUCACCUGUUCCAUCUCAGUAUGGUCGCACCAGUCCUUCCAGGGUCAUACCUAUCUCAGUCACAGGCAGCAGCUACAAUAGGAAUCAGAGUCCUGCAGCCAGAAGGGACAUGGUCUCGUUCACUAAAUCCCAGUCUGCAUCCUCCAGCUCUUCAUCCGCAACUAUUAAACCUGUGGCACAGAGUACCAACAGGAAGAAUGUAGAUGCUCAGAAAAAAGUUGUGGAGGAGAGGAGUGUGAGAAUCAAAGAGAUGUCACAACACUCAGCUAAGGAUUCUCUCGACCAUUCUCGAGGCACAGCAAACAUGUCCAGUCCCAUUGCCUCACCCACUGCUGUCAUCAAAUCAGUGAGAAUAGUGUCACCACCAAUGAUGAGUCUGAGCAGAAACACGGAGGAGGACAGCAAAAAGAAAGUAGAGAGGCAAGUUGAAAGAGAGGUGAGAGGAGAUGUAUUUCAUCUUCAGAAUGUCAAGAUGCAUGCCAAAGAGGGCAGCGUUGCAGGCACCACAACAAGUGAUGAGAUGGUCCUAGACUCUGUGUCUAUGGAAGAACUUAUUGAUAAGGUAAUGAAACCUGCUGGUUUUGAUCGAAUGGUCUGCAGCUCAUCUCCAGACUCCAAAAUCACUUACCAUGUGGAGAAAACGGAGCAGGAGGACGGGUCAACAAAGACACAGAUUAUCCUGGAGUCCAAGGUCCAGGAGGAGCUGGAUAUGUCAGAGGACUCUGCACUGGAAGAACUGCUCAGCAAGGGAGUGAAACACGUGUCACUGGAGGAUAUCAAGGGCAGUGAAACAGGAAACAUGAUUCAGAACCUGCUCAGCCUUGGGCUGCAUGGAGGAGAGGACAUGGAAAACAAGUCUGUCAAUGUGGAGAUCAUUGAGGAACCAGUGGAGGGUUACAGUGACGAGGAGUACGAGUUUGAGGAGAAGUCCACUCCCAAGUUCUUCGAGCCCUCUUCAAUGUUCUUCCAGAUUGAAGAACUAGAGAAUGACCCCCACGGCACCAAAUACCAUGAGAGUGUUGAUGAAGUAAUGAAAACCUCCAUGACAGAUGAAAACUAUGGCAGGAAUGGUGGAUCUGUGAAGGUCCAGGAAGACUCCAGAGAUAGUGAAUCUCCAUACUACAGCCACGACCAAGAGUCUCAAGAGUAUUUUGUCUCUACACCUGAUGCCAAUCUGUCAGAGCCUGAGGAGGGUGGUGGUAUUGCAUCAUAUGGACAUUACGGAGUGGUGGACGACCUUUCAGAUGAAAGGUACUACCAGGAUGAGGGACUCUCAAAGAACAGAAUUUUUGUUGAGGAAAGCGAUAGUUGCAGACCUGCAUCAGACAGCCUGUACAUAAAGGGUGACCACUCCUUGGCACGAGAGAGUUUCCCUGAGUGCAUUAUUGAAGAGGAGACCAUUCAUGUCUCCCCCACAGUACAGGAGUCGAUGCUUGGAUACUUGAGAGAGGAAACUCUGGACCCCAAAGAGCAGCUGAGGGGAGCCCUAGAGCAGCUACAAGGAACAGUGUCAGGGAGCCUGAAAGAAGAGUUGGCGCUCUUCACAAGAGGCGGCAGUGAUAGUCCUCAGAACAUAUCUGUGGACAUCAAGAAAGUACACCAGUCCUCCGAUAACGGAACCACGACUAUCGUGGCAGAGCUCAAGAGCUCAACAACCCUGGAGGACUCUGGGCUGCUGGAGGAGCAGGGGGAUGAUGUAUCUGAGGAGCAGAUCAUGGCGGCUCUACGCUCCUCCAACUCCGGCCUUGGAGCAGAGGGAGGAUACACCCUGGACACAAAUGAGAUGGGCUGGGUGACUAGCAAUGAGGGACAGGGAGGAGAGUUCACGACUGAAGUCACUGAGAAGCACAUCAAGCUGGGGCCAUCAGAGAAGUCCUUUUCCUUCCAGAUGGAUGUGAAUAACGGUCAAGGACAGGAUCCCCCACUGAAGGUCACUCAUGAGAAAAGAGUUGCCACAGUCUAUCUUGAAUCUAAUGAAGAUGAGAUCUGAUUCAAAUUAGAUCAUUUUAUUACAUUACUCCCCAUAUUAAGCCACACACCAGUCAAUCAGUUGCAAUGAACUGUAAGGUGACGUCAUUAGUUGUGAUUCAGAAAUUGCUAUGCCUACAAUCAUGGUAAGAAUACAAAUUAUAGCCACUGCCUGUAUAUCAAAAAGUUAAAUAGCAUUGGUUACCCAUUUUCACACUGCUCUCUGCUUCCCUUUGAGAAUAUGUUAUAUUAAUUUCCUGCUAGAUACACUACUCUAUUUAUUUAUACAGUGAAGCUAAAACAUUAAUUUGGCUCUAUACUUCAGCAUUUUGAAUUUGAGAUCAAAUGUUUUAUAUGAGGCGACAGUACAGAAUAUCACCGUUAAUUGAGGGUAUUUUCAUACAUUGUAAGUAAGCAUUUCACUGUAAGGUUGUAUUCGGCGCAUGUGACUAAUAACAUUUUAUUUGACAUAUCUGUUUUACCAUUUAGAAAUGAAUGCACAGGGCCUCCCGGGUGGCGCAGUGGUCUAGGGCACUGCAUUGCAGUGCUAGCUGCGCCACCAGAGUCUCUGGGUUCGCACCCAGGCUCUGUCGCGGGCGACGCACAAUUGGCCUAGCGUCGUCCGGGUUAGGGAGGGUUUGGCCGGUAGGGAUAUCCUUGUCUCAUCGCGCUCCAGCGACUCCUGUGGCGGGCUGGGCGCAGUGCGCGCUAACCAAGGGGGCCAGGUGCACAGUGUUUCCUCCGACACAUUGGUGCGGCUGGCUUCCGGGUUGGAGGCGCGCUGUGUUAAGAAGCAGUGCGGCUUGGUUGGGUUGUGCUUCGGAGGACGCAUGGCUUUCGACCUUCGUCUCUCCCGAGCCCGUACGGGAGUUGUAGCGAUGAGAUGAGUUGUAGCGAAGAUAGUAAUUACUAGCGAUUGGAUACCACGAAAAUUGGGGAGAAAAGGGGAUAAAGACCACGAAAAUUGGGGAGGAAAGGGGAUACAAAUAAAAAAAAUUAAAAUAAUAAUAAUAAUGAAUGCACUUCAUGUAUCGUCCCCCCAUUUGAAGGUGUCAUAAGUAAUUGGACAAAUGCACUUAUAGUGUAUUAAAUGUAGUCAAAUGUUUAGUAUUUGGUCCCAUAUUCCUAGCACGCAAUGACUACAUCAAGCUUGUGACUCUACAAACUUAUUGGAUGCAUUUGUUUCGGAUUAUAUGUUGUGCCCAAUAGAAAUGUAUGGUAAAUAAUGUUUUGUCACUUUUAUUGUAAAUAAGAAUACAAUAUGUUUCUGAACACUUCUAGAUGAAUGUGGAUGCUACCGGGAUGUUGGAUAAUCAUGAAUGAAUCGUUAGCAUUUUGGGGGGGGGGGUACGAUGUUUAUGCCUCUAACUUUCUCACUCAUCAUUAUUCAAGAUGCAUUCAUGAUUAUCCAUAAUCAUGGUAGCAUCCAAAUGAAUGUAGAGGUGUUCAGAAACAUUAUAUUCUUUUUUUUACCGUAAAAGUGGCUCCAAAAUGACUCAAUACAUUAUGUACCAAUAAAUACGAUUAAGCACAACAUAAUCCAAAAGACGACCAAAACAAACUUCAAAAUGCAUUCAACAAGUUCGUAGUCACAAGCUUGAUGGGACCAAAUACUAAACUUGCCUGAAUUUAAUAAACUAUUAAUUACAUUUUCCAAAUACUUAUCACACCUUCAAAUGGGGGAACUAGAUACAUAAAGUGCAUUCAUUUCUAAACGGUAAAACAAAUAUGUAUGAAAAUACCCACAAAUAAAAGGUGACAUUCUUUACUGUCGCCUCAUAUAAAACAUUUGAUCUCAAAUCCAAAAUGCUGAAGUUUAGAGCCAAAUUUAAAAAUGUAGCUUCACCGUCCAAAUAAAUAUGUAGGGAGUGUAUAUAUUUAUGUACUAACUUGUACUACACUGCUUAGGCCUCUCCUCUCUUUUGCCUGAGAUACUUUAACCAAAUAUGGAAUGAUCCUAGUAUACAUGUAUGUCCUUCAUUGUUAUGGUUAAGAUUGCAGUCUUAAAACUGGUUCAACAUGUAUGUAGCUAGAAAAAAAAACAUAUACGUAUUGUUUCCUGUAAUGCCAUGUUAUUUGGAACCACAUUUAAAGCUAGUGGUUUGUUGCUGAGGGACUUCCUGUGGUUAAUAAGUGGAACCCUCCAAUACAGUGCUUAUGAUGGAUAUAUUGGAAUGUGUUUAUGAUAGGGCAUAAAAGUAAGUGUAUCAUGUCUUGUCAAAUGAAAUCUACCCUCUAUGAAUCAUUUGAAUUGGAAAUACAGAAUCUUUUAAAACUGCAAUUUGUCAAAUCAAAUGGGGUGUUAUCGAGUGAUUCUGAUCACCACUUUGCAUGUUUGACAUUACUAAUACGUUUCAAAUAAUUGUCCCUCAAAAUAAUUUUAUAGUUUAUCCUUCCGGUUCCCUCACCAUGAUCUUUUAAUCUGUAAAUGACUUUAGAUCGGCGAGAAGUAAUCCGGCCAUCUUGAAUUCCAAAGAGAGGUGUUUUUCCCUGCUUGUAGAGGCAGUGGUAGCAAGACAGACAGAUGCUUUAAACUAGGUGGAAAUAACUUGAGGAAUGAGGAGAGACACAGAGAGCUAGAGAGAAUGAGGAGAUAAGCAGAUGGUUAGUGUCUGAGAUGACACCUGUAUAUCUAAUUUCAGUAAACCACAGUACAUAUGAAUUGCCUCGGUUUGAGCCAUGUUGUGUUGGUGACCAGGAUUUACCUUGGCUCAGAGGUGAGUUAGUGUGUGUACCACCGUGGCUACUUUAGGACCAGCACACCAGCUUAGUAGCACUGCCUGUGUGUGUGUGGUGUGUGUCUGCGUGCGCGUGGAAAAACUUAAGCACCUCCAAUAUGGCUUCACCCCACAACCCCAGUCUUCUUCCUCAAUAAGCUGCUUUAGAGCUCUUCUAUGCAACAGUGCAGAAACACCGAACACAGAUCUUUCACAUUAUGCUUACUUGGCACGGUCUUGUUAUAACAGAGCACAGAGUGUGGAAAUACAAUAUAAUUACUUUACAGAUUGUAUUGUGACAAAGCUGAACGCAAAUGACCUAGAGUAGAGCACUUUAGAGUUGAAAGAUGUUAGCUAUAAACAAUGGUUUGUGGUUGUACUUAAGUGCCCAGAUACAUUAGAAAAAAGGUUUUUGCCUUUCACAGUACAAGUCCUUAAACAUCUCUUUAGUGUGUGACUAUAAGGUGAAAGACUUUUAUAAAACACUACGUUUGGUCAAAACACUUACAUACUGUAGUUUCAUUUUGUGUUUAAGAACAUGAUCAAAAAGGAAGUCCUUUUUGAUACGCAACAUUGUAGGUGAAAUGUAAUCUCCAAACUACCCAAUGUGCCAUGUUUAAACACAACACUGGUGCAGUACACAUUGCAGUGCAAGAGCGAUUCAUGCCUCAAUUUUGAAUGUUUAAAAAGGGAUGUGCUACCCUCAUGACUCAUUGGUGUUAUUCACAUAUUGAAAGUAAGUGCUUCAUGCAUUAGCCUACUUUAUUCCUCUUUUAAUAAAGAUCGGGGAAUUUAGUGAGAAUGAGUUUUCAACCAUUGUUUGGACACCUCUUCAUAUUGCAAAAACAAUUAAAUUACUACUUGAGUGUG